GCCGCUCUCUCCCUCAAUGAUCAUUUGUGACAGGGAGAUCGUUGGUUUGCACGCACAAUCGCCGCGAAUUCGAGAUAGGAUGGGAAACGUGUUUCUAGCGACAAAGCUUUCCACCACUACGGUCAACCCAUGCCACGCCCACCGAUGCAUCGCCGCACCAGUCUCGAUUAUACCAAAGACAGUCGAACAUCACAGCGCCCAAGCCACCAGAGUAAAGUCUUUUCAGGAGAGACGCAAUCAGAAGACAAUCAGCGAUAGGAAGCGAAUCGUUGCUUCUCAAAAGUUCAAUCGCCAGGUACUCACAAAAUCGGUGCCUCUGCAAAUGACUAGACUGGUAUGCGGCGUGCCUCAUCAACGACAUGGGCUGCGCGAGCGGACGGGAACGAUCCGCUCGCUUCAUGCAACCACUGAAGCCCGUCGCCUGCUUGUCUUCUUUGGGCGAGCGGUCAGUGUUUGGUGGCUCACCAGCAAGUCUGUUACAUGCCGUAUUGAGAACAGAGGCCGUGGCGAUCGUUGUCAGAUGAAACAGUCUUACAGCGGACUGAUCUUCGUCUGAGGGGCUUCGCGGUGGGAAAGGCUAGUGAGGAAUCCGCCGCGGAUCUUCCUGGCGCGAUGCUCACCUACUGCUCGGAGGUGACAGACACGGAAGGUCGCUGGCCUAAAUUCGCCUUUUACCCACCUGGCGAUCGCCUCCAUCAUGAGAGGACGUUGAGAAUUCUUGUUUUUGCCUCGGAAGCAUGAUCAAGGACGCACCGUCAAAAGAUCGUCACUAAUGCACCCCUGCUCAUCCCGUCUUGAACCCUACGUCCCUGAGAAUUGCCUCAGUUCCAAGGGGAAAAGAUACUGACAUUCGGAAUCAUCGACUGAGUUUCAAAGACUAGACAAGCCGAGCCCGAAGAGUUCAGAUGGUGCGCCCAAUCAACGUCAUCUUUGGGCCUACUCUGUGCACUCACUCAGGGAGCCACUUACCUUACUUCACGCUCUCUCUCUCU